UCCCACGCUUCACACAUGCAGAACACCUCAACGCUCUCUCCAAAUGACUCUGCCACUAGUCUGGCAGUGUAACCCGAGCCAGGUGCCAAAUAUAGCCCCACACGGCGAGCGGUCAGGGACCGGCACAGAUGGGACAGCAGGCCACUGCAGAGGCAGUACGCAGUUGGACCCUGAACCUGAGAGAUCCUGCCGACUGCCUGAUCAACAGGGCUGCCCCUCUGGACUUCUGUCUUCUUCUGGCCAGAACAAAGACAAACCUGGAACCGGUGAGAACGUUUGGACAAGCCGCCCAAGAGAAGGAUGCAGGACGGGAGCCGGAACAAGUCGCUCCCCACCUCCAAGCUGCUCAGAGAACCUUCAGCAGGCAGAGCUCUGGAAGGCAAUGGAGGGAUGUUUUCUGAGGCGUCCUCCGAUGGAGAACUCUGCAUGGAUUCAGGGACAGAGCUGGAUUGCGGGGACGGAGACUUUGCAGAUCUUAAUGCCUUCUUGAGUGCGGAUGAAAUUAAUCGUAGCCUCGACCUGGCCCGGGAGGCCUUUACUAAUGUGUGUGAACCAGAAGAUCCAGGCUGGGCUCGUCUUACAGAGCAGGAGCAGGCACUCCAGUCAGCCUCUUCCCUUCCCAUUUCUCCACAAACCCCUGAAAACUUCAGUCUAAGCUCAAACCUGCAGCACCAGACCAAAGCUAUUUGUCCUGAAGAUCACCCAACAGUUCCCCUUCCCUCCAACCAGAGCACCUCCUUCAGCAAACCUGAACUCUUGGCUGGUCAGGCUCCAUCCUCUGUGGAAAAACCUGUCUGCCACAAACCCGCCAAGCCUGUGUACAAGCAGGACAAACCCAGGCUGGUCCACGGAGGCCUGGAGCUGAGUGACCGGGCCGCUUCAGCCUCGGAGUUCUGCAGCCGAGCUGCCACUUUCAUCGAGGAGCUGUCGUCCAUCUUCAAAGGUUCUGCUCAUGUGGAGCAGCAGGUUGAAGAGGAGUCAUCCUCUCCCGACAGCGGCUAUCUGUCUCCAAGAAACCAACGGGGCUCGGCCUCUGUUCCCUCGCUGCCUCCCGGCCAGAGAGACCAGGCGCAGAGCAGCCAGAGCGAGUUCCUCCAAAAGCUGAAGAGUCAGGAAAUAGCAGAAGGAAGUCCCAUCCGUCUGGAAUGCAGAGUUGGAGGAAACCCCCCACCGCUGGUCAGGUGGUUCUGUGAAGGUCGGGAGCUGCAAAACUCCCCUGACAUACAGAUCAGUAAAGACGGUGACCUGCACACGCUGGUGAUCGCCGAGGCCUUUGAGGACGACACCGGGCGCUACACCUGUGUGGCCUCCAACAGCCUGGGAGCAGAAAACACCUCUGCUGAGGUGUACAUCGAAGGAGCUUCUUCUUCAGACUCGGAGGGAGAAGGAGUUGGGUCAAAGUCCAGAUCAGGACACAUGCCUCAAGCGCAGAAAAAGACUUCUUCAAUGUCCCUAACAAUACGCUCGUCGUCGCCCAAAACUCCAGAGGUUCCUCCUCAUCGCUCGGCGCUGGUCCAGUCCAUGUCUCAGCCCCAACAGCGGACGCAGAGCCCAGUGCUGCAGGGGGCUGAUGUGUCCGGCUCUCCCGUUUUCACCAAGCACUUACAGGAUGCUCAGGCCUCUGAGGGUCAAGUGGUGGUUCUGGAGUGCCGGGUCCGUGGAAGCCCACCUCUACAGGUCCGGUGGUACCGAGAAGGAAACGAGAUCCUGGACUCCCCUGACUUUCGUAUUUUACAGAAAAAGCCGCGAUCAGCUGCUGAGCCAGAGGAGAUCUGCACGUUGGUGAUAGCCGAGGCUUUUCCGGAGGACGGCGGUCUGUUCUGCUGCACGGCGUCCAAUCCCUGCGGUUCUGUCAGCAGCUCAGCCCGACUCACAGUCACUCCAGCAGAGGAUUCAUCCAGUAACGGCAUGUCCGGUGACAGCUCAGGCUUCGAGGAUGCGGUGUCCUUCCCUCCUCCUCCACCCCCCACUGAGAUCACCCACCUGGAGCUGCCACCCAAGGCUCUGCCUGCACCUGGCUCUGAGGCCUUCCACAUCGAGGAGCUGGAGGUCUGGCCCAGCGUGUCAUCUCCACCUCCAGUCCCGAUCACGCUAGAUGCUCAGGAGAAACAGAAUGGACACCACCCUUCUCCACCUCCAAGCAAAGAGACCACGCCUCCUCCUCCUCCACCACCACCUCUGCCGCACACCGACAUGGAUGAUCCAGCAAAACCGCAGAGUCCUGCCCUCAUGACCCCAGGCUCCCCCCCAACUCCAGGAAAGCUGUCUCCAUCUUCUGGAAGAGAUGCCCCCCCCCUGCCCACCAGGCCCAAGCCAAAGCUGAACGCCGUCCAGCUGAAGCAGCUUCAGGAACAGAUUUUGUUGGAGCAGCAGGAAGCAGCUAACUGGGAACGAGAGCAGCCGAACCAGGAAGUCCCGCCUCCUCCCCAGCCACCGCUUGAGGAGAUACCUCCACCAGCUCCAUCGUCUCCUCCUCUUCCGCCUCCGCCUUCCUUCCAGGAGCUGGAGAGCAGCACAGCCAUGCAGGCCAGCACCUUUAACUACGCCCGGCCCAAACAGUUCAUCGCCGCGCAGAGCCCCGGGGGAGGCGCCUUCCUCAACAACUUCUCUGGCUCCUCUGGCUCCAGCCUGUCCUCCCCUAUGUCUCCUCCCGCCUCCCACAAGCCCUUCAACCGAGUCACCCUGCCCCCGUUCACCAAAGCUGGCAGCGUCGAGUCUCCAAGCUCUCCGUCCUUCCCACCUCCGCCACCACCCUUCUUCACCUCCAGCAACCUGUCCUCCCCCUCAGGCCCCGCCCAGGACUUCCCUCCUCCUCCACCUCCACCUCCACCUCCACCUGCCUCCAUGUCUCCAGCCCACUCAGACGUGUCCUCUCCGUUCUCCUCCAUCCCUCCAUCUCCUGCCUCCAGCUUCUUGUCCUCGGUGCUGUCCUCCGUCCCCACUACACCCAGCAGUCCUCCAGUCAACGCCCUGGGUCUCCCCAAAGGCAACGGCACUGUCAAAGUGUUUCCCAAAAAGCCUUCGAUCAGCAAGACGCCACGCAUCGCCUCAGACUCCGACAUCCAGGGCUCCAAAGACGCCGUCAUCCAGGACCUGGAGAGGAAACUGCGUUUUAAGGAGGAACGCACGAGCAACGGUCAGCAGAGGUUAACCUAUGAGGAGAAGAUGGCUCGCAGGCUGCUGGGGGCUGACAGUGCUGCCACAGUCUUAAACACACAGGACACGGCGGAGGAGCCGGUCACACAGGAAUACAAAGUGUCCAGCUUCGAGCAGCGCCUCAUCAGCGAGAUUGAGUUCCGCUUGGAGCGCUCCCCGGUGGAGGAGUCGGACGACGACGUGCAGCACGAUGACGAGUCCGCCGGGCAGGGCGUCGCACCGUCCUUCGAGCAGAAGCUCAAACACUACAAAGUGUUUGAGGGCAUGCCGGUCACGUUCUCCUGUAAGGUGAAAGGAGAGCCCAAGGCAAAGAUAUACUGGUUUAAAGACGGCAAGCAGAUCUCCAAGCGCAGCGAGCACUACAGAAUCCACCGAGAGGCGGAUGGGACCUGCUCCCUGCACACCGCCGCCGCCUCGCUGGAUGACGACGGCAACUACACCGUCCUGGCAGCAAACCCAGACGGGCGAGUGAGCUGCACCGGCAGGAUGAUGGUUCAGGCGGUGAACCAGCGAGGUCGCAGCCAGAGAUCCACUCCUGGACAAAUGCGCAGGUCCAGAUCCCGGUCCAGAGACAGCGGUGAUGAAAACGACAACAUUCAAGAGCGCCACUUCCGCCCUCACUUCCUGCAGGCCCCCGGGGACCUGAUCGUCCAGGAGGGCCGGCUGUGUCGGAUGGACUGCAAGGUUAGCGGCCUACCGACCCCUGACCUCAUCUGGCAGCUGAACGGACAGAGCAUCCGCCCAGACUCCUCCCACAAGAUGCUGGUGAGGGAGAACGGGGUGCACUCACUGGUCAUUGAGCCUGUGACGAGUCGUGAUGCCGGCAUCUACACCUGCAUUGCCAGCAACCGGGCUGGCCAGAACUCCUUCAACCUGGAGCUCAUCGUUGCAGCCAGAGAGAUGCACAAGGCUCCGUCGUUCGUGGAGAAGCUGCAGAACACCAGCGUGGCUGAGGGGCACCCUGUGCGGCUGGAGUGCCGGGUCACGGGGGUUCCCUACCCCCAGAUCUUCUGGAAGAGGGAGAACGAGUCCUUCACUCACAACACAGACAGAAUAAGCAUGCACCAGGACAACUGCGGAUACCUGUGUAUGAUCAUACAGCCCGCCAUGAAGGAGGACGCAGGCUGGUACACGGUCUCAGCCAAGAACGAAGCCGGCAUCGUCUCCAGCACGGCACGCCUCGACGUCCACACUCAGUGGCAGCAGCCCAACCUCCCCAAACCCAAGAAGGUGCGCCCAUCCACCAGCCGCUACGCCGCCCUGACGGAGCGAGGCCUGGACGUGAAGGCCGCCUUCUUCCCCGACUCCAGCCCGCUGCCCCCGGGGGCGCUGGUGGAGAGCGAGGACCUGUAGGAACCCCACGUCUGGACGCCUGUAACCCAGCACUCUGAAUCGGGGCGGGGCUAGCAACCCCAGACACACAGGAGGGGGCACCAUUACAGAAACAUCACAGCUGAGGAUGAGAGAUGACCCCCCCAUGCUGAUAAGUGCCUGUCACCCCCACUCUGCAUGCUCAAGAGUUUCUCCCAAACCACCCGACGACGAGGGUUCCAGUCAAACAAGCACGUGAAAAUGAUCCCAUAAUCGACUGUUUCAGCCUCGGUAAUCCCAGAUUACAGACACAAAGGAGGCUUUUUGAUUUGAAGGGAAAGAAGUGAGUAAAGAGGAGGUCCAUGAGGAGGAGGAGGAAGAUGAAGCAGGUUGACCUGGGUCAGAGGUGAUGAAGAGUCUGCUUCUUUGAUGGUUGAUAAUCCAGAACAUCAGAGAUUGAUGCGGUCUUUGGAGUCUCUGAGUGUAAACGGAUUCAGAGAGGGUGCAGUGGAAGUCUUUCCUCACACAUUUUAUUUUUGUAUGAAAACCAAAGCUCCUCCGCAGUUCAGUUAUCCUCACAACCUUCUGCUCAUAGAUAGAAACGGUUUGGAUUAUGAAGUUUUAUAAAUGUAUUCUUUGCCUUAAACCACUUAAAGAAACACCAGCUUCUCCGCAUGUUGCUUUUGGAUGACUCUUUUCCUCUAUGUGGAGGUAAUAAACACUCAGAAAUAAGGUUUCUUUA